AUGGCGGCGGCAACGACGGAAUGGUGGUACAAGAACAAGGAGGGAGAGAAGACCGGUCCCUUGCCCCUCGACCUUCUGGAAGCUCUCUGGCUCUCUGGCGAGAUCGACGGGUUGACCUCCGUGUGGAAGGAAGGGAUGGAGGAUUAUGCGAGCAUCUCAGCUGUAGAUGAGCUGAGAUCCUACUUCCAAUCCAUCGCGGAUGAAGAGGACGAGGAGGACGAUGGGGAAGGAGCAGGCCCAGCGAACGAAGAACAUAUCGAAGUCGUCAAGUUCACCGGCAAGCAGCUUUGGGACAUGCAGUGGGCGUCAACAACAACUCCGGAAGGCAAAACCUACUACGCCAACAAGUACACGUUCGAGAGCUCUUGGGAACCUCCCCAGACUCCUACGACAUUCGAUGACGAGGAAGCGGCCAAGGUUCGAGCACCCUGGAUGCUGUGCUGGACAGCAAAAGGAGAGAAACUUUGGCUGAACACUGAGAACAAGGAGCAGCAGCCUCUCUGUCCCUUUGCCUUGGGCCCGGCCUUCAUAGCAGCCGAGAAGUUCGAAGGGUCCAAGCCCGGAUACUCGUUCAAGAAGGGAGACCAGGGAGUAGGAUAUUAUGCCGAUGAGAAGAAUCAGGUCACUGCGGAGCCAGCGGCGGCGCAAGGGAAGGCGGAAACGAACGAUGCGAAGAAGAAGAAGAAGAAGAAGAACAAGCCUCGAUGGAAGAAGAUCAAGGACAACACCUACGUGUAUGUGCAGGGCCUGCCAGUUGACACGACCAUGGAGGAAGUUGCGACUUUCUUCAGGCAUCUUCAAUUCGGCGUCCUCAAACCGAGUGAGGAGGACGGCAAGACCCCCAAGAUCAAACUCUACAGGGAUGAGGACGGCAAUCUGAAGGGAGACGCCCGAAUCGCCUUCCUCAAAGCUGCUUCCAUCCCCCUGAUCGCCGAUGGGUCGAACUUUCGAGAUGACAAGUACCCGCUGAAAGUUCAACCGGCUCAAUUUCAGAUGAAGGGACAGCAGUAUGUUGAGAAAGAGAAGAUGUCCGAAGAAGCCAAGAAAGAGCGGCAGAAGCGUAUUCAGGCCAUUAAGAAGCAGGAAAGAGCUCUUGAUUGGGGAGCCGACGAAGGAAUUGACGAUGGGAGAGGAUUGAGGAUCGUGAUUUUGAAAAACAUGUUCACCGUGGAAGAAAUGAAAGUAGACGCAGAAGCAGCCAUCACCCUCCAGGUGACUAUCUUUGAUCGGAACCCCGAGGGAGUGGUGGCGAUCAAGUUCAAACAAGCGACGUCAGCCGAGGAGUGUAUCGAGAUCUUCAACGGCAGAUUCUUCGGGGGACGUAAAUUGACCUGCGAAUUUUG